CGUCCUGACAUUUGGGGGAUAUCUGUACCGUCCCGACAUUUGGGGGAUAUCUGUACCGUCCCGACAUUUGGGGGAUAUCAGUACCAUCCCGACAUUUGGGGGAUAUCUGUACCGUCCCGACCGACAUUUGGGGGAUAUCUGUACCAUCCCGACAUUUGGGGGAUAUCUGUACCAUCCCGACAUUUGGGGGGAUAUCUGUACCAUCCCGACAUUUGGGGGGAUAUCUGUACCAUCCCGACAUUUGGGGGAUAUCUGUACCGUCCUGACAUUUGGGGG